UGAACACCGUUACUGACGAUCGUCAUUUUGGCUGCGUGAGAUUCUCCAGCUUUGUUGUUGUUGAGCAACUGAAGCACGAGCUGUUAAAGCUCCGCCCUUUUCUGGAAAGGGGGCCGGGAGCAGCAGCUCAUUUGCAUUUAAAGGGACACACAAAAAUGACGUGUUUUUCCUCACACCCAAAUAGGGGGAAAUUUGACAAGCUAUAAUAAAUGAUCUGUGGGGUAUUUUGAGCUGAAACUUCACAGACACAUUCUGGGGUCACCAGAGACCUAUUUUAACUCUUGUGAAAAGGGGCAUAAUAGAUCCCCUUUAAUAUAAUAAUAAAAUAUUCUCAAGUCUGGGAGAGAUUGUUAUAUUUUUAGUGUGUUUUUUUAUAAGUUCUUAACUAUUGUAGCUUAGCACUUAAAUUUUUUUUUUUUUUUGCUUGCCUACAAACUGGCCUACAUUACUGUACAUUAAACAUUAGGAUGGAAUGAAAUAGGGUGGAUCAGAAUGGGAAUAUAUUAUAUUCUUGCUUUUAAGUACAAAGGAAUAUUCUUCCAUUUUAUAUUAUUCCAUUCUUUGUUGUGAUUUAAUAAUUCAUACAUCAGUGUUAAUGUGCAUCUCUGGUGGGACUGCUUUAUUUAAUCAAUGCACAGCUUCCUGUUUCUCUGAGAGUAUGCGUUUUAUACAGUUCACUGUGAAUUUCAAGCCGUGUGGUGAAGGUUCAAUUCAAAUAGACUGCUGAAUACAAGAGAAAGCAUGGCCCAUCGCAUAUGUUCCUAAGAACACAAAUACUAAGAACAUUAACUCUCAGAUCAGCUGUCCGGUAGGGUAGAAUUGCAAGACUGACUGUCACGCAGUGGGUCAAAGCCAGGUGUUGGUUGGUUGGCUCAGGAGUUGGCGAGUAUUUUUAACCAUGCAGGGAUAUAAAUAGAGUGUAAAGCGACCAAAAACACAGUACCGAUACAACUGCCACGACUGUUUUCAACAUUUCCUGUUGCCUCAAGACAGAAAAAAAGCCAUUUGCUGUUAAGUCCUGUGGUUCUGAUUGCCAAGUUAGAGUUUAUUACUGAAAGAUGGAGGAGGUGUAUGAUGCUGCGGAGGAUGACUGGGAUGAGGAUGAAGAUGAAGAUGAGGCCACUCAGUACAUGAUUGAACAGAGUCUAUUGGAGUACAGCAAACAUGCUGAUUCAGCAACCAGCAGUGAUCCAUUAGACCUCAUUGACCAUGAGGAAAUUUUCACUGCUAUACAAGCUGGUAAUGAGGAUGCUUUGAAGGUCCUGGUGCAGCAUAAGGAGGCUCUGUCUAAUGCAGACAGCAAGGGCUGGAUCCCUUUGCAUGAGGCAGCGGUGCAACACAAGAGGAGCAUUCUGGAGAUCACUUAUGCAGCAUCUCCUCAGGGGUCAGGGCAGUGCCGUACUCUGAGAGGGGAGACUCCGUUGUUUCUCGCUGUUGUUUACGGUCUCAGAGAGAAUGCCACAUUCCUGCUGCAGAACGGUUGUGACCCUGACUGCAAAAAUGAGGAUGAUGACUCUGCAUUGGUUGCAGCCAUAAAGAAUGACCAGUAUGACCUGGCUCUGCUGCUGCUACGCUACAAUGCCACAGUGGACCAAAAAGGAAGUCUUCAAAGAACUGCUCUGCAUGAAGCAUCCGUGCUCGGCUUGGAUAACUUUGUCUACCUGCUUCUACAAUCUGGUGCUGACCCAAAUGCCACUGAUGUGUGUGAACAUACUUCUGUAGGACUUGCGGCUCAAGCUGGACAUUUUAACGUUGUGGAGGUUCUACUUCAGAAAGGGGCCAGUGUGUGGUCCAAGCCUCAUCUUCCAGGUUCAGCCUCAGUUUUAUUUGAUGCUGCGGCUUCUGGAAACCCUGAUAUCAUUUCACUGUUGCUGGAGUAUGGAGCCGAUCCCAACGUGCCCACCCACACAGGCCAUCUCCCCAUCCACCGUGUAGCCUACCGUGGACAUCUACUAGCACUGGAGCAGCUGAUCCCUGUGACUAAGAAAGAGGUGAUCAAAGAGAGCGGCAUGAGCCCGUUACACUCCGCCGCUGCAGGUGGUCACACUCAGUGCCUGGAUCUGCUCCUGAGCUCCGGGUUUGACCCUAACUUCAUGCUACACCCCAGAGUGCGCAGGAACUAUGAAGACGAACGCAGGUCAGCGCUGUUCUUCACUGUAUCGAAUAAUGACGUCCAGUCAGCGAGGCUGCUUCUGGAGGCCGGAGCCAUGCCCAAUCAAGACCCAGUCAACUGCCUGCAGGUAGCCAUGCGACUGGGCAACUACGAGCUCAUCAACACUCUGCUACGCUACGGUGCCAACGUAAACUACUACUCCCGUGUCAACACCACCCACUUCCCUUCCGCCCUUCAGUACGCACUGAAGGAUGAGGUGAUGCUACGCAUGCUACUCAAUAAUGGCUAUGACGUGCAGCGCUGCUUUGACUGUCCGUAUGGACAGGCCUCACAUGUGCCCGUGGAUUAUGAGGGCUGGAGUGCCUCUGUCAUCAAAGACGUGGUGUUCUGUGAGGUGAUCACAGUGUACUGGCUCAAGCACAUCUCAGCACAAGUAGUGAGAAUCAUGUUGGAUUAUGUUGAUCACGUGACUCUCUGCUCCAAACUGAAGACUGUUCUGGUUGAGCAGAAACAGUGGCCGGAAAUAUGUAAGAUUCAAGAAAAUGCUCGAAGCCUGAAGCAUCUCUGCAGACUGAAGAUUCGUGAUUGUUUGGGUCGCUUGCGUCUGAGGGCUCCAGUUUUUAUCAGUUUCCUGCCUCUGCCUGCCAGUCUCAAAGACUAUAUUCGCUUCAAAGAAUAUGAUAUUUACAGUAGAGGAAGUGUGACAGAAUAAAACCAAAUGGAUAAAUCUGUAUACGAGAAGCUGCUGAUAUAACAAAACUCUAUGGAUAUGCUGUUUUUUACUUUUUUUUGGAAAAAAAAUGUUAUUUGUUUGUGUUUUUAAAAAAAAUCCAGAUACAGUGGGGUCACAUUGAAAUUCUGUGAUUCAACGUGUGAUUUAAAUUUGAAAAGACAUAGAAGGUUUAGGAUUUGGGCUCAUUUAAAACAUAAAAACAAAUGUAUAAUUUUGCAAUAUUUCUAGGUGAUUAAUCAAAUAAGCACAUUUGUGACCCUGGACCACAAAACCAGUCAUAAGUCGCACGGGUAUAUUUGCAGCAAUAGCCAACAAUACACUGUAUGGGUCAAAAUUAUCGAUUUUUCUUUUAUGCCAAAAAUCAUUAGGAUAUUAAGUAAAGAUCAUGUUCCAUGAAGAUAUUUUGUAAAUUUCCUACCGUAAAUAUACAAAAAACAUAUUUUUGUGAGUGGAUAUGCAUUGCUAAGGACUUCAUUUGGACAACUUUAAAGGCGAUUUUCUCAAUUUUUUUUUUUUGUUUUUUUUUUUGCACCCUCAGAUUCCAGAUUUUCAAAUAGUUGUAUCUCGGCCAAAUAUUGUCCUAUCCUAGCCUAUUUUGUUCAGCUUUCAGAUGAUGUAUACAUCUCAAUUUCAAAAAAAUUGACCCUUAUGACUGGUUUUGUGGUCCAGGCAGGGUCACGUUUGUGAAAUUGAUCAUGUGACUCUUACUGCUGUCAGAUCAUGUUCUUCCAAUGAGAUGCAUUAGGUUUCUCACAAAUUUGUGGAGUUCAUGCAGCUGGAGUGAUGCUGUAAUUAAAGUCAAGAAAGUCAGUAUUUCUCUCAAAUUAUGUUAAUGAUAUUGUAGAAAAUAUUUGUAGGCCUA